AUGGAUCUCAAUCAUCAUUGGCGUUGGUGGAGUUAUGUACGGCUUGUGGACACGGUUAUGAGAGAAUUUGAUCUGAAUCCCAUGAAGGUAGCAGUCUCAUUGAAGUAUGUGUUGAAUGAUGACUUGCCACCAAUCAGGAUAAAGAAUGAUAACAAUGUCCUAUCGUACAUUCUACUAAAGGAUAUGGAACAUGAAUCUGCCAAAUACCCAUUAUUCAUUGAUGUUACAAAUAUAGAAAUUGAUAAUACAUCUAUCAUAAUGUCAAUUAAUGUACAUUCUAGUGGUGAGCUGUGUACGUUGCAGGACAUGGCAUCAGACAUAUGCGAAGCAUCAAUUAAAACAAUGGAUCACAUAUGUGACACUGAAGUCACAGUUGUAUCAGUAGCUGAUGCUAGUGAGGUAGAAGAAGAAAGGAUUUUUCAUGAUAAGAAUAUUUUGAAACUGAGCAUGUCCCUUUUCGCCAUACAGAAUAUGUUUGAGUUUAUGGUUGAAAGGUCUGAUAAGAAAGAAUAUGUUGUGAAGUGUUCACAUCGUGGAUGUAGUUGGAUAUGUAGAUCGUCAAAGUGGGGUAAAACAAAUCUAUUUAAGGUUCGGAAGAUUGGUAGUUACACAUGUCCAUCAAAUAUAGUGUUGGGGUCACACAGGCAAGCCUCAACUUCAAUUGUGUCAUCUACCAUUAAAUAUAAAUACACAUCAUCACGUACUAUAUAUACUCCGAAGGAUAUAUGCAGUGAUAUGUUACAUACUUAUAGGGUUUAUUUGAAUUAUUCGAAAGCUUGGAGGUCUCACGAACAAACUUUGAGAAUGAUUAGGGGUGAUCCAGCUGAAUCAUUUGGUAAGAUACUAAGCUUCUUCUACAUACUCCAACAAAAGAAUCCCGGCACGAUCACAGAACUCGAAAUUGAUAGUCACAAUAGGUUCAAAUAUUACUUUAUGGUACUUGGUGCAUCAAUACAAGGAUGGGAGCAUUGUAGACCUGUGGUUGUGGUUGAUGGCACUUACUUGAAUGAUCAUUAUGGAGGUGCCCUUUUCACAACGUGUACACAAGAUGCAAAUAACAGCAUAUAUAUUCUUGCUUUUGGAAUUGGAGACAAUGAGAACGAUAAAUCUUGGAGAUGGUUUUUGGAAAACUUCAAAAAGGCUUAUGGGCACAGAGACGGUUUGUGUUUUGUAUCGGACCGUCACAUGAGUAUAAAACACGCAAUAGAAUAUGUAUAUCCUGGGACUUCUCAUGGUAUUUGUACAUAUCAUUUGUUGCAAAACUUGAAAUCAUACUAUGGGAAAUCUUGUGAAAACAUUACACAAGCAUUCAAUUCGGCUGUCCGUGCUUAUAUAUUGGAGGAAUUUAAAUAUUACAUGCGACGACUGGACACAAUGAAUGAGAAGAUUACUGGUUACCUGGCAGAUGUUGGAAUGGAAAAGUGGUCAUGA